AUGCCGGGAUCCCUUGAUGUGCUAGCCCAGUGUACGGUUUUUGUUGAUGUUCGUACGGAUGAGGGUGAUGAUGCUGGAGCGUUGUUUGUGGAUAUGUUGCGUGGUCUUGGGGCGAAGGUACUCACUCGAGUUGGCCAGACUUGUACUCAUAUUGUGUAUAAAAAUGGCCUAGCAAGUACUCUGACAAAGUACCGACUUCUCGACGAGCCUCGUCCCCAUGUUGUUGGAAUAGGCUGGGUCGUCGAAUGUGCAGAGAAGCGUGCCCGUGUAGACGAGACGCGUUUCAAGGUUGACAUCGAGAAUAUCAAUGUCGCCGGGGCGCUCAAGGUAUUUCUACUACCACAGGUCUACUGUCGUUCUCUGAGACUUGUUCCUUAUAGCGUCGGCGCUCGUUCCUUCCGAAGCAAGUAA